GCGGGCGGGCGGGCAGGCGGCGGAGAGGACCCGUGGUAAAUCGGGAAUGAGGCGGCGGCGAGGAGGUGGUGAUGGUGGUAGUGGUGGUGGUGGUGGCGGCUCCGUCCCGCCGGCCGCCGCCCGCCGCCAGACAAAGGUUGUGCGUCAGCGUCUAUAUUUCAACUGGUUCUGCUUCCUGCCGAUCCUCUCAAUGGCUUCAUCUGUUGGUACAUUAUUCAUUAUACACGCCAUUCACACCCGCUGGUUGCCAAGUGUCGUCUCCGGGCCGCUCAUCCUCCGCCUCGCCGCCACAGGGGAAGCGCCGCGGUGUCUAUGAGCUCGGUGUGUUUACCGGAAAAUAAAGAUCAUAGUGUGUCUGCCUCCGAGUGUUUGGAGGAGGUGUGUAAGCAGAAACCACAUGUAUUUGCUUUAGGGUUAGACUCAACAUGCGUCCUCUCGCUGCGGGUAAUGAAAUGCGCUGGUCGUCGUCGCCACCCGUGAUAGGCCCAGAGGUGCGCCGGAGGGCGGGGCUUCACCACCAUCUUCCAAUCCGACCCGAGGGGCAGGGCGUCUCCAGGCCCCGCCCGCACCACACCGCCAUGCCAGCCAGAGUUACUACCUGACAUAAUAUUCGAGCUUGGUUGGUGGAAAGAACAAACAUUUGUUGACGUUUCACGUAAGCGAUCUAAUUUAAGAGGCACAGGAGAAGAAUAGACGAAGAAUUAGACAAGCGUCAACCUGAUAGACAGGCGAGAGCAGAGUGAACGCUGUAACUCACUGUGGUUGUUGGGAGUCCGACAGUGAGUCAGCGCGGCGGCUGCGGCAGUGUUGUGGCGACCUCGCUCUCAACAUCGCACUCCCGGGCUGCACGUCUCUUCUCCGGCGGAGGAUGUGAGCGUCGGCGGCGGCCAGCAGUGUGCGAUUUAAGACUAAAAGUGAGCGACAGUGACUGUGGGCGGCAGCGUGUGUGGGCGGUGGUGUGGCGAUGUGGCAGAGGGCGGCGGCGGCGAUACAGCGGCGGUGAAGAGAACUGAGCGGCCGCCACCCGCGGGGGAGGCAGGGCGGCCGGCCCCGCAUGUGUCCAGAGAUGAGCGCUGAGGCGGCGCUCGGGGCCUGGCACCGCCCGCCGGAGGCCGCGGAAACCUUGCACCAACAUGACGGAGACACGGAGGAGAGAACGGUAAUUCCGGUGUGCUCGGAAGAGCGCGCUGAUCUCAGACAACGAACUGGGGAUGACAGUGACAGCGACAUUAGUGUGGGCUGCCCCUCGCCCAGGCCAGGUAAGGAGGACCCCGUUGAAAAUGGGAACAGGCCGCCACAGGAUGUUAGUGAGGCCCUGGAGGCGGCACCCGCGAGCACCCCCAGCCCAGGGGCGGCCUCUGGUAAAUAUCAGGAAGAUGGCGUCACGUCCCCCGAGAGCGCCAUGUCGCCGCCUGCGGCUCGGUCCCCCCUGGCUAAGGAAGGGGGCGAAGACGAGUACUUCAAGCCGCUCAAGAAGCUGAGGAUGGUGCAGCUGCAGCAAGAGGAAGCGGCGCUGGCGGCACGCACACAGGCCGGCGUCAAGUCCUUCUCCAUCGCGGAGAUACUCAAUCACAAACCCGUGGUGGCCAAGGCCCCGGAGGCCACAGGGGCCCGCAUCGUGCGGCCCUGGGACACUGACGACGACGACGACGGCUCGCGACCCCAGUCAGUGGAUGACAUGAGUGUGUCGUCGGCCUCCUCCUCUGUUGGGUCACCACGGCCGGUCUCCAGUGGCCCCGGGUCAACAAAUUCAGGCCACAGCCAGGCCAGGCCACGGGGAAAAGACGGCAACCCUCUGGACGCUCUUUUCCAGAUGACCAGCAAAACCUUUGAAGGACUCAAGAGCGGCCAGCAGCCGGGUGAGUACCCAGUCUGUCACCUGCGCACGCGCGCACACGCACACAAACAAAACACACACACACACACACACACACACACACACACACACAUACACACACGCGCGCGCGCGCGCACACACACACACACACACACACACACACACACACACACACACACUGUGCCAGUCUGCGGCAGUUUCCCUCCCUCCCCUCGCACACUAAGUCACACACUUCACACUUACAUAAAUGAACUUCAGAAAUAUAUUAUUUGAUCAUUAUCUCUAAAUGUCUGGCCUCGGGACAGCGAUUGGCAAUGAA